CUUGAUUCGUGUGAUGCCACUUGUGCGAGUCAGUCUUGCUUUUUUGGUGGCGUUGAGGGGCUGCUGCGAAUGAUCAGCGACAAGGAUCGCCAUGAGGCGUUUGUCUCGGGUCAUGUCGGGAGCAACGAGUGGCACAUUCAAUUGACUGUCCUGGCUGCACAGCUCGGCCCAAUCCUGUUCAGUUGCGCACGCGCCACCUUUGCAGCCUCAAGAGCACUCGCCACUCCAUCCCGACGAAAACGCGAGUCCGGCAAUGGUACCAAGCCCGAGGAAUGUGCAGCCACAUUUCCUGCCGAUUUCGCCUGCGUCGUUCUUCCAAUGCUGCUGGCGUUCACUCUCCCCGAUCAAGUGCCAGCAUUGGUGUUUGCCGAGGUAUGUGCGUUAGCUAUUCUGGUUGCCAUAGGGUCUUUCCGGCCGUAUUCACCGCAGCCAUUGCGGCAACGAGCGACCCCAAAGUCAGCUCCUACAGUACCAGCACCCGAGACCACAGCAACGAGAAAGCCACAAUCCAGCGUGAUUGCUGCGUAUCGAGCGAUGGCAAUGGUCUCGAUCGUGUUUGUGAUUCUUGCAGUGGAUUUUCGUGUGUUUCCGCGGCACCAUGCCAAAACUGAAACGUUUGGAACGUCAAUGAUGGAUGCGGGCGUCGGCUCGCUCGCUUUCAGCGCUGGACUUGCUUCCAAGCCGCCAAACUCGUUGGCCGCGGUUGUGCCCCGCACGAUUCCGCUCCUCAUUCUCGGUGCUUUGCGCACGUUGGCUGUGAAGGCCACCGAUUACCACGAGCACGUGUCAGAGUAUGGCGUGCAUUGGAACUUUUUCCUCACCCUUGCCGGCAUUUUGCUUCUGGAUGGCUUGUUCACGAGACUUUUGGCACGGACACCAAGUCUGUUCAAAGACAAUGCCCGUCCAUGGAUGGGCUGGUGGUUGGCCGGAGUGUUCCUUGCUUUUGCCCAUGAGGUCUUGCUCAAAGGAUUUGGACUGUUGGAUUUCGUGCUCCACGCCGACCGCUCCUCCUCGUGGAUUGCCGCAAACAAGGAAGGUGUGAUAUCAUUGAUGGGAUACCUCGGCUUGUUCUUCUUGGGUCGCGCUCAUGGUGCCGGAAUUCAUCUGCGAGAGGCGUCGCGCGGUCUGGCACUCUUCCGAGCAGCCGGAUGCAUUGCUCUUUUGGCGACCAUCUACGCAAUUCUUCCAGGCGUAUGUGGACUGGAUCCACCUUCGCGCCGCGUGGUGAAUGCAUCCUACAUUUGCUGGGUCGUCCUGUACAAUGAGGUGGUCAUUUUCAUUUUCGCCGUCGGCGACCUGAUUCAUUCGUUCCUGGCGCCCGCUACGUCGAGUGAAUACACCACACCGCUUGAGCGAGCAGUGAAUCGCAACCAGCUGUUUGUUUUUCUGCUGGGAAACCUAUUGACAGGCUUGACCAACAAGUUAAUUAUUACCGUCGAUGUCCCCGAUCACAUUGCCAAUGUUGUUUUGCUCUUCUACAUGCUGUGCGUGCUCGGGUUGGCGUCGUGGCUCGAUUCUCGAAAAGUCACACUGAAAGCAUGGUAGUCUUGUCUUGCUGGCGACUGUUUUUAUGAGCAGGAGCUUACAACAUUUGUAUUUGUAGUGUUCUUUGUCGAACAACGAACACAAUAAAGUUCAGUGAUAUGACAAC